AUGCAAGUGUCUGUUAGAUUGACCAAUAUUGGAACGGCCGACGCUGAUUUCAAGGCAACGAUCGAUUGUCAAAUGAAUGACGGUGCAUUUGCAAACUAUUAUUAUCACAAUGACCAGAAAUCAAUCGUUGCACUAGUUGGCAAGGAUGCAUUUAGGGAUAUCGUGUUUAAUGUGGUUUUGGAGUCCAACAGUCUGCCCAAUCUAACAAUGUCGUGUAGUGUGGUUGCAAUGGUCGCACGUCCCUCGAUUUGUUGGGCCGGUAGUUUUACCAACAAAGCUAUCUUUAAUCUACCUUUGGUCGCCUUUCCAUACGAUCCGUGUGUAUCACAACGUCAACAACCAUAUAUAGAGGUAUCAGAAGACAAGUGGAGAGAAUCAAAUGACAAUACAUUGUACUUUGGUUAUCUAUUUUCUCUAGAUUUGGCUUGGAAGACUAUUAGUGUGAAUCCCGUGCCAUCGGCGUACCCACUUGCACACGAUGUGAGUGAUCCCCAUGCCAUGUCCGAACCGUCGUAUCCUGGAACAGACCUAGUGUACAUCAACGAGAUUGUAACCAAUGUAACCAAUGCCGGUACACUCGACUCGAUGUUUAACAUUACCCUACUAUGUCCACCACAAAUAUUCUUUGAUAAUCUUGAAGUGUCACGUCCGUGGAUGAGUAUCAUCGAAGCCAACACAUACAAAUCCAUCCGGUUAUUUGUAUUGUCCAAAGCAACCAGUCUUGAGAGAUCGGGUGUUCAAUGUUCCAUGACUAUCGAAGUGACAGAUCUAAAUGCUUGUUGGAACGAGUAUGGAAAGUCGUAUAAACAAGACGUCAUGUUGUAUCCUCCAUUUGACAAGACUGUCGGUAAUUGGUAUCAACCAUCUUUAUUUGAAUCGAUUGCCUAUUGGAAGGAUGGUAGUCAUACUAUUCCAAGUUUAACAAGUUCACUUGGGUCAUGGACAAUCGAUACUUCCUCUCUAUCAACUCGUAGAUAUGUAAUUGGAGUACACUCAAAUUAUAUUGUCAAUAUGGAUUAUGGUGUUGGUAAUUUAACGAGUACUUUGCAAUGCACGGGAUAUGCAACCAUCAUCCAAGGCAGUCCUCUUUUAACUACAUGUCUGUUAGAGUACCAACAAGGAUGUUAUAUCAACUACCAAGUACAAGCAUUGCCAACAAGCACCCACCAGUCUAUCCAAUGUACUCUGACAGUUGCGUUCAAACCACUCUUUGGGACACAAUACUUUUCCUCUGCCACACCACCCCUUUCACUGCAACAAAGUACAACAGUAUCUUUGCAAACACCAAUCGACCCAUGUUUGGCUGGAUCGUACCAAGAGGUGUUUAUAGAGGCUGUCACCAACAAUUCACAACUAUCACCAACACUGCAAAACAACCAAUGGACCUAUGACAGUGCUUCACUAGUCGCCAAAACAGUCCGAAGAAUUGGUUUGUACAACUCUGGUGGCGGGUCAGGUCUAAUCAGUGCAAAUGUAUCGAUUAGCGAUAGUUUGGUCAGCUUGGUUGUAGGUGAGAGCACUACUAGUUGCAUGGCACAAGCAUACUCGUAUUGCCUACUCGAGUUUGUACUAUCAAUGACCUCUUUGGAUGUUCCUAUCACCAGUCCCCCACAGUUUGUAUUGAUCGAUGUAACGAGUGUCGUUCAACCACAAGAAUGCUGGACACUCAACAACAAGGUGGUCAAUCAACAAUUUAAUUUGGUCAAGGCUGUCACUCCAUGCCAACAAAACUCUGAAGCAUCCUUGACACCAAUUGAUGUACACAAUGACUAUAUCAAUUAUUUCAAGUCGAUCAUUAAUGCAUACAAUGUAUUUAUCAGUCCUUGGAACAAGACCGAUAGUAAUCAACCUUUGAAUCAGCAGAUAUACCAAGCAGAGGUAUCAUCACAAAUUCUAAAUAGGGGUAAUGCAACAGGUAUCCUAUUUGUCAGUGUAUUCUGUAACAAUAAUCCAGUCAAGACCAAUCUACGUGUAUUGGAUACAUACAAUGUGACAAACACUGCUCUACUAGUCCAACCAUUGUCCAGUGUUACAGUCAACUUUACACUGGAAACUGACAAGAUUGAACAACCUGAUGGUCAGACAAUCAGUUGUUUCAUCACAGCCACACUCAACCGAGAAAGAUGUUGGUCUGGUGCUGGAAAGAACCUCACCCAAUCAUUUAGUGUUCCCUACCAAAGAGUCGUAGAUAUUACUCCACCCGAUGAAAAAGAUGAUAACCUCACUCACAAGAUUAUCAUGGGUGUCACCAUCCCACUUGGUUUGAUUUGGCUGGUUCUACUAUCAACCUUUUUCGUUGCCUAUAGACAUCAAAUUGCCAGUAUCUUUGAUAAACUCAAACGACAACGUAAACUCAAAGCCAUUACAUCUGUACCAUCAGCAGCUGUUGUAGGUACAGGCCUUGGUCAAAAACCAAAUUGUAAUUGUGGAAAACCAUCUAUUUUCAUAUGUUCAUUCUGUCAUCCACCCAACAAUGUCUAUUGUAGUGAUGUAGAGUGUUGGAGUAUCAUUACAUCUGGGUCAAUGGCAAAUAUCAAUGAUUACGAUCCAAUACAAGCACAAGAAUACCUCGACAAUGGUAACAAUCAAAACAAACAACAUAUUCAUCCACAUCCAACCAAUCAAGAUUUUGAAAUCAAUCAUCUUCACAAACAAUUCCAUCAAAAUGACGGUCCUGUAAUAGAUCUAGUUAAUAUUGGACUACAAGAAACGUUUAAAUUAAAUCAAAUCAAAUAA